CAAUGUCCGGCUGAAGUUUCCACUCCGCUCCUCUUGGGUUUGUUGCAUUGUGAGCGGGCCCGAGCCGCAUCCGACCGCGGUUGGUGCUAGACGACGAGCUGCCUCUCUGAUUGGAGCCGGCGGGCUGAUGGAGAUUGGCCGCCGCCGCUGCUGGACGCCUGCUUCUCGUUUCCCGUCUGACCGUCCCGAGCGUUGGAUCAGCGCACGUUCACACAGCUUUGGCAGGAUAACGGCCUCCUGAUCGCGCAGCCUGUAAAUCACCCGAACGCACAUCUGUUCUGCAGCAUCACACCUCGAGCCCGGCGCUCGCCGUACCGCCUGGACGCCCACCUGACCCACCUGUCAGCCAUGACAUCACACAGCCACCAAGAGGGAAUCCUGGGAAAGGAGCAGCCGCUGGAGGUUCUGAAGACAUCGGCGCUCAACCACAUCCCAACAGUGGACAUCAACUCGGCGCUGCCCCUGCGUCUCCCUCCGGCCGCCAUCCCCAUGGACCUGCGCGUGGACCACCACCACCAGCAGCAGCAGCAGCAGGUGUCCUCGCUGUCCCCGCCCGCCCAGCAGUCGCCCGGCUCCCUGGGAGGGUCGGGCCCGGCCGGCGGCGGCGGCGGCGUGGUGGCGGCGUCGGUGCGCGAGCAGCAGCUGCAGCAGGAGCUGCUGGCCCUCAAGCAGAAGCAACAGAUCCAGCGGCAGAUUCUCAUCGCCGAGUUCCAGCGGCAACACGAGCAGCUGUCCCGCCAGCAUGAGGCCCAGCUCCAGGAGCACAUUAAGCAGCAACAAGAGCUUCUGGCUCUGAAGCACCAGCAGGAGCUGCUGGAGCACCAGAGGAAGAUGGAGAACCACCGUCUGGAGCAGGAGCUGGAGAAGCAGCAGCGGGAGCAGAAGCUGCAGCUGCUCAAGAACAAGGAGAGGGGGCAAGAGAGCGCUGUGGCCAGCACUGAGGUGAAGAUGCGUCUCCAGGAGUUUGUCCUGAACAAGAAGAAGGCGUUGGCCCAGCGGAGCCUCAACCAGGGAGGCCUCCCCAACGACGCUCCUUACUGGUACCGCAAAACCCAGCACAGCUCUCUGGACCAGAGCUCGCCUCCACAGACCGGCGUGUCCACCUACAACCACCCUGUGCUGGGCGUCUACAACCCCCGGGAUGACUUCCCGCUGAGAAAGACCGCCUCGGAGCCCAACCUGAAGCUGCGCUCGCGGCUGAAGCAGAAGGUGAGCGAGCGUCGGAGCAGCCCGCUGCUGCGCCGCCGGGACAGUCCCAUCACCACCGCCAAGAAACGCUCGCUCGACAUGGCAGACUCUGCAUGUAGCAGCGCCCCCGGCUCUGGCCCAAGCUCCCCGAAUAACAGCUCCAACAACAUCCCCAAUGAGAACGGCAUCACUGUGUCAGUCUCCAACAACUCGGAGGCGUCUCUGGCCCAGAGGCUGUGCAGCGGUGCUGAGCGGGGCUCCGUUAACCAGCUGUCCCUCUACACUUCGCCAUCCUUACCCAACAUCACCCUGGGGCUGCCCGCCACUGCCACGCCCCAUUCAUUGACUAGCACUUCGCUGCUAUUUUCAGCGGGACAUCGGCGGCGAAUGAGCAAUGACGCACGUGUGAGCGGCCUGUCCAUGCCGUCGGCAGCGUCCAUGGCCAAGCUGCAGCGGCAGCACCGGCCCCUGGGGAGGACCCAGUCGGCCCCGCUGCCCCAGGGGAGCGCUGCCCAGGCUCAUGCCCAGGCCCUGGCCCUGCAGCAGCUGGUGGUCCAGCAGCAGCACCAGCAGUUCCUGGAGAAGCACAAGCAGCAGUUCCAGCAGCAGCAGCUGCACCUCAACAAGAUGAUGGCCAAGCCCAGCGAGUCGCCCCGCCAGCACCAGAGCCACCCCGAGGAGACGGAGGAGGAGCUGAGGGAGCACCAGGACGGCGGGGCCCUGCCGCCGGGGGUCACCAUCAAGCAGGAGCCGCCCGACCCGCAGGAGCUGCAGGAGGAGGCGCUGCAGCAGCACCGGGAGCGGCAGGCGGAGCAGGAGCUGCUCUUCAGACAGCAGGCCCUGUUGUUAGAGCAGCAGCGGAUUCAUCAGCUGAGAAACUACCAGGCGUCCAUGGAGGCCGCCGGCUUGUCGAUCUCCUUCCCGGGACACCGCCCCCUCUCCAGGGCGCAGUCGUCUCCGGCCUCGGCCUCGUCCUUCCCCAUCAGCGUCCCGGCGCCAGAUCCUCCCGUCAAGCCUCGGUUCACCACAGGCCUGGUGUACGACUCCCUGAUGCAGAAGCACCAGUGCAUGUGCGGAAACACCAACAGCCACCCAGAGCACGCCGGUCGCAUCCAGAGCAUCUGGUCUCGGCUGCAGGAGACCGGGCUCAGAGCGCAGUGCGAGUGCAUCCGUGGGAGGAAGGCCACUCUGGAGGAGCUGCAGACGGUUCACUCUGAAGCCCACGUCCUGCUGUAUGGAACCAACCCACUCCGACAGAAACUUGAUUGUUCAAUCACUCCCAUGUUUGUACGGCUACCGUGUGGAGGCGUGGGGGUGGACAGCGACACCAUUUGGAACGAGGUUCACUCCUCCAGUGCAGCUCGUCUCGCUGUCGGCUCCGUCGUGGAGCUCGUUUUUAAAGUUGCUACUGGAGAGCUGAAGAAUGGUUUCGCUGUGGUCCGCCCUCCUGGACACCACGCCGAGGAAAGCACUCCCAUGGGUUUCUGCUACUUCAACUCUGUGGCCAUCGCAGCCAAACUGCUGCAGCAGAGACUCAGCUUCAACAAGAUCCUCAUCGUGGACUGGGACGUUCACCAUGGCAACGGCACCCAGCAAGCCUUCUACGACGACCCCAACGUCCUCUACCUGUCUAUCCAUCGCUAUGACGACGGCAACUUCUUCCCUGGAAGCGGAGCGCCUGACGAGGUGGGCAGCGGUGCUGGAGUCGGCUUCAACGUCAACGUUGCCUUCACCGGAGGCCUCGACCCGCCCAUGGGAGACACAGAGUACCUGGCUGCCUUCAGGACGGUGGUGAUGCCCAUCGCCAACGAGUUCGCUCCGGACAUCGUGCUGGUCUCGUCGGGCUUCGACGCUGUGGAGGGACACCCUCCUCCGCUGGGCGGCUACACCCUGACGUCCAAAUGUUUCGGGUAUCUGACCAGGCAGCUGAUGACCCUCGCCGGAGGCCGGGUGGUCCUGGCUCUGGAGGGAGGGCACGACCUCACCGCCAUCUGCGACGCCUCCGAGGCCUGCGUGGCCGCCCUGCUCGGCCAGGAGCUGGACCCGCUGCCCAAGGCCGUCCUGGAGCAGAGGCCCAACCCCAACGCUGUCCGCUCGCUGGAGAAAGUCAUAGAGACGCACAGUAAAUACUGGCGCUCGGUGCAUCGCUACUCGCCUCGGCUCGGCCUCUCUCUGCUGGAGGCCAAACGAGGAGACUCGGAGGAGGCCGAGGCCGUCAGCGCCAUGGCCUCGCUGUCGGUGGCCAACACCAACGCCAUGGAUCAGAGUAGGCCCGAGGAGGAGCCGAUGGAGGAGGAGGAGCCGCUGUAACGGAGGGAGACGUGAGGGAGUCACCGUGUUACCACCGACCUCUCCGGAGAAACGCCUCUUUGAGCAGCGAAGAGCCUCGACUGAUCCCUUCAUUUAGUCCCCCUCACCCCACCCACCGCGUCCGUCACCUUGAUUGGCGGCCCCUCGGCCAAAUCGAGGGGGAGAGACGGGGGGGAGGGUGGGCUCGGCCUCGGAGCAGGGAGCCAAUCAGAAGACAGAGGACUGAAUCGGGGGGAAUAAACUAAACUCAACCUAACGGCGUCGCUUGGCAGCACUCAGCUCAGAGACACUCAUUUUUUCUGUCGGCCUUCGCCGCCCCACUUCCCCCCACGUUAGCCACCGGACCCGGUGCAGCGGGGGCGUUUGGAGGGUCUCGUCACAGGAACGAGUGCAGAAACAUACGGUGCUUUACGCAGCUGCCCUCAAACCGAACGGACACCAGGGACAGCAGACGUCUCCGGCUGCUCCUCAGCAGCUCGGCGGCUUUCUUUUCUCUUUUCUUAACUGUUUUUCCCGACAGAAACGGGGUGGGCAUCGCGAUACUAUUUUACAAGAUGCGUUCACUGUGGACUUUGACGAGCCGAAGUUUGAGUCGGCUUUAAAAACACACACAAAAAAAAAAGGUUUGACGGUGAGACUGUCACCUCGCUGGAACCAGCCUGUCGUCUGAAGGUUGACGAGUGUAGAGGAGUGCCUUGGUGAGGGUCCGCUGGAUUUCAGGAUUGUUCAGGAAAAGAUUGCCUUAAGUUUCAAGAUUUUUUUCCCCGCCGAGGUGCGAGGGAGGGAGACGGGAGGAGAUGGAGAAUGACAAAAAAAUAAAGCAAACAAUCUUUCAGCAUGUUUACUUGGAAACGUGACGACGACAACGUUUAUGUCUCUCACGGCCUCUCUUGAAGAGUUACUUUACUUUUUUUGGAUGGAUCUAUUUUUCUGUAAAAAACAAACACAAAAAAAGGAUUUGUUAAAGGUAGUUGCCAGCUUCAGUCGAGGGAUAAAGGGGGGUGCAAACGUGGAGACUUUCAAACAAGGAAUUCGGGACAAAAAAAAAAAAGAAGAAAAGGAUUAGCCUUUUAUGUAGCUUCCCUUUAAUCGAAGUCAUCGCUUUGUAAAACACAUGAAGCAUGAGCAGAGAGACCGGAUGUGGUUUUUUUCUUUUUUUUUUUUCUUUUUUUGCAAGAUUCUUGAAUGUUAUCCAAAAGAGAAAGCCAAGCAAGAAAAGCCAAAGCAUGAGUUUGCAUUUACAGUUUCACUCCACUUAGCUGGCAGACAUUUCUCGUAUUGGCCCUUUCGGACGAGGCUCCCAAUACCCCAGUUCAAUGUUUACUGAUUUUGAUCCUUUCGCAAAGGUCAGGUUGAGGUCAUUUCUUUUUUUCCGCGCGCUGAUCGAGCUCCCGCGCUUCAGCCGGUUGGCAACUACCUUGGUUACUAGUGUGAGCCGAAGCGUUGGUCAUGUAUAUUUGAAUUGAAUAUAUUUUGAGAGGCGGUAAUCGAGUAUUGUCCGUUUGUAUCUACAUGUAUGAUUUCCACAUCGAGUUGUCGAUUUAUCAAAAAAAGAAAACAACAAAAAAAAAACAAGCGUGUUCGGUAAGCGUGUCCACUUUUUAUUUUUUAUUGUAUAAGAUUAUUUUUCUAACUUUUUUUUUUUUCAUCCAUAGAUUUUGUUCUGUGUUUUUUAUCCGUUUUCUGGAUAGUUAUAGGGCUGCCAUUCACACACACUUAGAACUAUUUCUUUCUUGUAUUUAUCAAAAGUAAGGAGCGACACUUCUUUCUUUCUUUCUUUCUUUCUUUCUUUCUUUCUUUCUUUCUUUCUUUCUUUCUUUCUUUCUUUCUACGGCUCCCUAAGCCUUUCUGCAUUUUCAUCGAUUAUGUAUUUAUAACAUGUACUGUUUAUAGGAGAUUUGUAUAUGGAAAAUUUAUAAAUGUACUCUAACUAAUGACAGCUAUGAUAUUGUGAGCAAAAAAGAAAAAGAAAAAAAACAGUAUGGUGUAUGAUAUUACUCCAUGAACUUAAAAAAAAAAAAAAGCAGCAUAUUUAACUCGUCAUCGACUGCACUGUUGCCCUCGAGUGAUCAUUACACGGCACUGCAAUUGACUUUUGAACACCUUUCAGAGUGAGACAUUCGAUCACUUUGUUGCCUAAUCGAUAACAUUUUCCUCUUGUGCAUGGGUGAUAUGCACUUACCUUUCGACUGUGACAGCAUCACGCAUCCAUAAAGAGGUUUAGAGGCCGUUUUAUGUAGCUAGCUGAGGUUUUUUUUCUCUUUUUGCGUGUGGCGGGAAAAGACAAGGAGGCGACGCCGGUGUCUGGAAAAGAUGGAAAACUUUAAAAAUCUUUCACGUCGGCGCUCCGGUCUUCUCUUUUCCCGCCGCUACGAGUACAUCAUUCAGAUUAACCCUUGAACUAUCAUCUUCUUUUUUUUUUUUAUAUCAUUUCUUUUUUUUUCACAUCUAACAAAACAUUCCACUUGUUGUUUAAUUUGGCUUUUUUUAUUUUUUGAAAAAGGUGAAUUUGAGAUUUUUUUUUUUGUAGAAAAACUUUAAUACUACUUUCUUUUUUUUUUUUUUUUUUAGCCGUCUGCUCGCGCCAACUUUAACUCUUUGCAUGGUUUGUGAGUCAGCAUGCCUGCUUGUCUAUGUAACAAAAAAAAUAAAUAAAAAAUGUAUUUGCACAAUAGAAGAAGAACACUGGAGGACUUAAAAGCGAAACCUCCCAGGCGGGGACGGUUCCUCUUCCUCUCUGGUGGGCAAAACAAUUCAAAAGACUUUGUCCAAAUGACUCCGCUGGGAAACAUUUGAUAUCGCUCCUUUUGAAUAUUUGAAUUUUAACACGAUUCAGCACUUAACGGACUGUGUUUAAGAGAAACGUGCUCUGCCAAACCUCUGCUACAUUCACACCUUAACAACAACAAAACCAGACUCUUCCCAAAGAAUGUUCCUCUUUCAAAGAUUUUCAGACGCUGCGGUAGAGAAAUGACGGUUUGGAAAAAACAAAAAAAGGGCAUCGUCGUUUUGAUUGUCACACCCACCUCGGCCAGUUCUAUAUAUAUAACCACUGUGGCUCAAGAGCAAUUCUUGGUUUACAUGUAAAUGGAUUUAAAAAAAAAAAAAAGUUAUUUUUUGUUUGUUGUUUGUCUCUAUUGAUGAAAAAUGUUAUCUUUCUUUGGGACCUACGCUUUGGACAUUUCAUCUCUGACAUCAUCUAUAAAAUAUAUUUCUGAAAAAUA